AUGGCUUCUGUAAACUUCCCGCAGCACACGGGUCCCAAUCGCUCAUCCUCUACUUCGCCGAAUGGCAACAAAUCGCAGGCAAUCCCAAAAUUGAUGCCUCGCUCUCGCAGGAAAUCCGCUGCUUCUGCGCCUGCAGAUCCUGUUCCAGAGACUCCUCUGCUGCCCCCUCCUCCUCAGCUCGAUUCUGUCCAGUUCAAAACACCAGUAAAGCGGAUCCUUUCACCCGCUGACCAUGAGAAAUUCCUCGCCUCUCCUACGUAUACCUUGAUUCGAUCAUGGAUCUUUACGCUGGCAGAUUGUGUCGAGGGUCGACCAAGCUCUUCGCUGGACCUUUCCACGGUCUCUGCCGAGAUCCGACGACUGGAUGCCGCCCUCGAUGUCAUCAAGAAACUGCUCGAACGGUAUCCGCCUCUCGACACAGGGUCCAGGUUUGGCAAUCCAGUAUUUCGUGAUCUACACAAGGCUAUCGUAAGAGACGUCGAGAGACUGCACGAAGAGGAGCUUGAUCUACAAAACAAAGCUGCCAUCCAAGAGAUCUCGGUCUACCUGAUCAACUCAUUUGGCUCGGAAGAACGACUGGAUUACGGUUCUGGUCAUGAAUUGAACUUCAUGAUGUGGCUGCUGUGUCUGUAUCAGUUGGGGGAGAUCCGGCGGGAAGAUCUCCCCGCUAUUGUCAUGCACACCUUCACCCAAUAUCUUGACCUGAUGCGGAAGAUUCAGAGCAUGUAUUAUCUGGAGCCAGCAGGUAGCCAUGGUGUCUGGGGCCUUGACGACUACCAAUUUUUGCCAUUCUUGUUCGGUGCAAGCCAACUGAUCGGGCAUCCUUACAUCACACCAAAAUCCAUCCACAACAACGUCAUAUUGGACGAGGAAGGGGACAAGUACAUUUAUCUGAACCAAGUCCGGUGGGUGGAUAGUGUCAAGACUGUUAAAGGACUCCGGUGGCACAGCCCGAUGUUGGAUGACAUUUCAGGCGCAAAAAGUUGGCAGAAGGUUGAGGACGGCAUGAGGAAGAUGUUCGUAAAGGAGGUACUUGGCAAACUGCCUAUCAUGCAACAUUUCCUCUUUGGUGGCUUGAUCCCUGGAACUGAAGAUAUGGGUCAACUAGACCCCGAGACACUUCGACUGCAAGAAGAGAGGAUGAGCCAUGUGAAAGAGAAGGGUCAUGAGCCUGAUUACUGGGGCGAUUGCUGUGGCAUCAAAGUGCCUAGUACAGUCGCAGCAGGGGAGGAAAUGCGAAAACGAAUGGGUACAUUGGGCGCACUGCGACCGAUUCCAUUCGACUAG